AUGACGGCCAUAACUGCUAUCAAAAAUGUUAAAGCUUUACAACAAAUGUCGGCUGACAUAGAAGAAGCUCGCCAAAACGCCAGUUUUUCUACUCAAUCUAUGCUUUUCUUACUACACGGAGGGAAAGAAAAGAUUGCGAAAAUCAAUCAGUUGAGAGCUUUGAUCGAGCAAGAACCUCUUUUAGCAGAUAAGUCGUUAACACCUUUUCAAAGCAGGCAAGAGCAAUUGCAUCAAGCUUUAUUAUUAUCGAAGCGUCUUGUUGAAAUAAUUGAGGAAAAGAAUCUAAGCGAUGCAGACUUUGCAAUGUUAUUCGAGCAAUUGGAUAUUUUGACUCCUCUUGCUUUGCAUUACUCAGCAUUUAUGCCAGUUAUUAAAAGUCAAGGAACCACUGAACAAGUUGAGAAAUGGUAUAACGCUUCUAAAAAACACGCUAUAGUUGGGUGUUAUGCACAAACUGAGUUAAGUCAUGGAUCUAAUGUGGCUGGUCUGACUACUAUGGCUAUUUUUGACGAAAAGACAGAUGAAUUCAUCAUUCAUAGUCCAGAUAUCACUGCAGCUAAAUGGUGGAUAGGCGGUUUAGGUGUAGCCAGCACACAUGCUGUUGUACAGGCACAACUCAUUUUGAACGGAAAAUCGCACGGACCCCAUCUUUUUAUCGUUCCGAUUCGAUCCCCAGUUGAUUUGAAGCCUUGUAAAGGAGUUAUAGUGGGUGAUAUAGGCCCUAAAGCUUAUGGCGGAUUUUCCACUACUGAUAAUGGCUUUGCUCUGUUUGAUCAUGUCCGUAUCCCUCGCGAUAAUAUGCUUAUGAAGUUUGCUAAGGUAACUCGAAACGGGCAAUACAUACCACCGGUUCACGACAAGCUCUCUUACGGUAGUAUGGUCAAACUUCGGGUUGACAUUGUCCACAACGCUGGUUGGUUGCUUGGUAAAGCAUGUACGAUCGCGACUCGUUAUUGUACAGUGCGUCGACAAUUUCAUCCGCUGACCCAAAAAGAAAGAGGAAAGGGCUUGGAAGCUCAAGUUAUCUCCUACUCUUCUGUUCAACACCGCCUCAUGCCAUUGAUUGCCAUGUCUUACGGUAUUAUCUUAGUAGGUGAACAACUCUUCAACCAAUUCGGUGUUUUGAUGCAGCAGUUGGAAAGAAAUAACGCUGCUUUGUUACCUGAACUGCACGCUACCUCUUGUGCGCUUAAGAGUUGGAGCACACGUCGGUCUACGGAGGGUAUCGAAGAAUGUAGAAAAUCAAUGGGGGGCCACGGAUAUUCUAUUUUUAGCGGUGUUUCGGAACUGUUUGCUACAUUCGUCCCUUCUAAUACAUAUGAAGGGGACAACUUUGUUUUGGCUCAACAAGUAGGACGCUUUUUAUUGAAGCAGUUACAAUUAGUCGCCAGCGGUAAGAGCAGUAGUUCCACCACCGUUGACUAUUUGAAUAAGUUAAGCAAAAUAGGCACAAUGGGUCACUAUCAGUUCCAAGACAGUGUCGUUGAAGAAGCUAUUUUAAACCCUCAGGUUCAGUUGGAGCUGUUUGGUAUUCGCACUGCUAGACUAGUGGCUGACUUAGGCCAACAGUUGCAACUGGGAAGGCCUUGGUCAGAUGUAAAUAUGGAAUGCUGGACUGUUAAUCUGGCUCAUGCAGAAUACUUGGUUCUGAAGAGUAUGAUUGCUAAAGUUCAGUCCGUACGCGAAGACAAGGAAUACGGACCAUUGGCAUCCAUUUUGAAAGCAGUAACUGAUCUGUUCUGCUUAUCUACUCUAGCAACAACUUCACUGGCCACUUUUCUUUCUACAGAUACUAUUAAGAACUCUGAUCUCCCAGAGAUUAACGCAGCUUACCGUAAAGCUAUUACUACUGUUCAUGAGAUGGCCAUACCUUUGACCGAUAGUUUUGGAUUUACCGACCGUGAAUUAAAUACAGCUCUGGGACGGUAUGAUGGCCGUGCUUACGAAGCACUUUGGAGCGCUGUUCAAAAAAAUCCCGUCAAUAAGAAAGAAGAAAACGCUAAACUUAGUAACUUGGUCUUACAAAUUCUUCAUCGUGGUGACAAUCUAGAGUAUAUCAAAUCAUCUAAGUUGUAA